UUUUCGCCUAUACCUACUCUAUUAGUGCAAAGUCGGUUGGAACUUGGAAUAUUUCGUCGAACAUGUAGAGUGCAGCAAGCGAAGCGAUCAUGGGGAGGAACAGAAACAAAACUUCCAGAACACCCAUCGAACCCUCAGUCUCUCAACAACAAAGUUGCUAUGAAGGAGAGCGUCUCCUUACAAUGCUCAAAUCCCUUCAGAGAGAGAUAGAGUUGGCUAAGCUUUCUAAUAGAGUUCUACCCGAAAAAAUAUGGUUCAAGCAACAAUUCUCAAUUGGGGUGAAUGAAGUUACUCGGGUGCUUGAACGGAUGACCCCAUGUUCUGAGAUGGGAGGAGAAUCUGCUCAACAGCCUCUUGCCAAUCCCAGUGAGCUUCAACUUCCUUCAGUUCGGCUUCAGGCCGUAUUUGUGGCUUCCGAUAGCAAUCCAAGAUGGUUGACAAAACAUCUGCCAAGCUUGGCAUCUUCAAGGAAGGUACCUCUCAUCUUUGUCAAAGAUAAGAAAGGGGGUUCUUUGAGAUUAGGCGAACUUGUUAAGUUAAAAACAGCCAUUGCCAUUGGGAUAAAGGCUAGAGAGAAUGGCAUCAAUCAACUUGUUGAGGAAAUUCUUCACGGGAAAGAAGUAAAUCUUGGAACAGAUUGCCAAGAGUUGGGUGGAGUGUCUGAUGCAAUCGUUGAGUGACCUUGUACGUUGGACAGAAUGGGUUUGUUAAUGCUGUGGCACAAAAAAUGGUGGUAGCAGAGCUGCAGAAUAGUAGGGUUUGAUAAUCAGCCAUUGGAGCAGGGAAGAGCUGGAAAAAUGAACAAAGGCAUUGAAACCCAUACAAAAGAUUUGUUCAUCAUGCAGACACACAUCUUUUACCUCUCAAGAUGGGCACCCCCAACCCCCCCCCCCCCCCCCCCCCCCCUCUUAGCCAUGUUGUUCACCUAUCUUACUAGAAUGUAUUCAAGUGCUUGCAUGGUUCCAAUUUUACUUUUUCAUGCCUGAAGCAACUUCAGAAAAAGCUCAAGGCCAGCUGCUUCGAGCAUUUGUUUUAUAUGUUUGUCAAAUUGCAAUGCUGGAUAUUCAUUGCUUGGUUCAGGGGCUCA